AAGCUCGGCGUGCUCAAGGCGGCCUGCCAGAGCCUGGCCGUGCCCUGGGAGGACGGCCACAUCCAGGUGAUCUUGCGGCGGGAGACGGCGGCGCGGGACGCGCUGGAUUUGGCGGCGGCGCUGCCGGCGCGCGACUUCUGGAAGACGUGGCGCUUCGACAUUGCGGAUGAGCCGGGCAUGGACGCCGGGGGUCUGGCGCGCGAGUGCUGGGCGCUCAUCGCCGCGGGCGUCUUGGACCCCGAGUCCAAGUACUGGCGCUUCGCGGCGACGGAUAACGUGACGCUCCAGAUCCGGCCGCCGCGCGACCCGGCGGCCUUUUCGCCCGAGGACGCCAAGCACUAUCGGGUCGCCGGGCGCCUCGUCGCCAAGGCUCUGUUCGACGGCCAGACCAUCCCCGCGCACCUCAACCGGCCCAUGCUCAAGCAUCUGCUGGCCAUGCCCGUGACGUUCUCCGACCUCGAGUACGUCGACGCGCUGCUCUACCGCUCCUGCCGCCACGUCGCCGACUCGUCCGACGCCGAGGCGCUGUGCCUCACGUUCUCCUACCGGGACCGCGACUGCGCCAGGGCCGUGGACCUGGGGCCGGGCGGCGCGGACCGCGACGUCGACGCGUCGAACAAGGACGAGUACGUCGCGCGGCUCUUCAAGUUCGCCAUGCUCGACGUCGUCUCCAAGCCGUUGGGCAAGUUCCUCAAGGGCUUCUACGAGGUGCUGCCCCUGGCGGCGCUCAACGCGGCGGCCUUCGACCCGGGGGAUUUAGAACUCGCGAUCGCGGGCUUGGACGACGUCGACGUCGGCGACUGGCGCGCGCACACGGAGUACUCCCAGGGCUACGACGACGACGACCCGGCCGUGGCGAAUUUUUGGAGUUUUGUCGCGGGCCUGCCCGACGAGAAGCGCGCGAAGCUCCUCCAGUUCGUCACGGGCACGAGCCGGUUGCCCGCGGGCGGCUUCGCGAACCUCCAGGGCCGCGACGGCGUCACGAAGGGCUUCGAGCUGCGCCGCCGGCCCGGCGGCGACAAGGCCUUCCCCGUGGCCCACACGUGCUUCAACCGCCUCGACCUGCCGGCCUACUCGGACGUCGCGGUCCUCGCGCGGAUCCUGUCGGCCAUCCUCGAGGGGGACGUCCUCGGCUUCUCGGGGGACUAAUCCACUACACAUC